AUGGAGCGUCCUGUCACACCAAGCCCCUCCUGGAACACUUCUCUCUCCGGCCUCCACCUAUCUUCAGCCUCACUGCACCCGAAUAUCUCUAACGUGACCUCGACGGUCGCAAGCCUCCGAGGUGGGGUCGAUCUGAACCAGUCCUUGGCACUGUGUGCUAUGCUCAUCAUUGAUGUGCUAGCAGUGGUCGGGAACUUGGCCGUGAUGAUUGUCAUCACCAAAACACCACAGCUGCGCAAGUUUGUCUUCGUGUUCCACCUGUGUCUGGUGGACCUGCUGGCUGCGCUGGUGUUGAUGCCUCUGGGGAUGCUGUCAGACCGAAUCCUGGUGGACGAGGCGCUGUGUCGGAGCUACCUCUGCCUGAGUGUGUGUCUGGUGAGUGCUGCCAUCCUCACCAUCUGUGCCAUCAACGUGGAGCGCUACUACUACAUUGUCCACCCCAUGCGUCACGAGGUGAAGAUGACGGUGGGGGUGGUGGUGAUGGUUCUGGUGGGAAUCUGGAUUAAAGCCGUUGUCAUGUCAGUGCUGCCUCUCAUGGGAUGGCUGCUCCAGGGAAACCAGGCUGUGGGGACUCCCUCAGUUCUCAUUCAGGGUCAGAGACACUGCUCCCUCCACUGGACGGGAGGCAGGACCACACAGCUGCUUUUCAUGGUCUUCUUUACAUUGAUCUAUUUUUUGUGCCCCGUGCUGAUCAUUCUCGUGGUCUACUGCAACAUGUUCAAGGUGGCGCGAGUUGCAGCCAUGCAACACGGGCCCCUUCCCACCUGGAUGGACACGCAGCGACAACGGUCCGAGUCCAUCAGCAGCCACUCCACCAUGAUGGCAAGCCUCGGUGGGACUGGCGCCCGCACCACCCUUCAGAGGGCCUUCAACGGCGGGAAGGCUGCGGUGGUGCUGGUGGCAGUGGGAGGCCAGUUCCUCUGCUGCUGGCUGCCGUAUUUCUCCUUCCAUCUCUACUCGGCUGUGGUGUCUACCUCUCCCGCCUCACUGGCCCAGCUGGAGGAUGUGGUCACAUGGAUUGGCUAUUUCUGCUUCACCUCCAACCCUUUCUUCUACGGCUGCCUGAACCGGCAGAUUCGCGAGCAGCUGGGCCGCCACCUGGCUUGCAUCUUCAAGCGGGCUGGGCCCAGCGAAGGAGAGCAGCUGCCCAGCCGUGAGGCCUCUAUUGAGGAGAACUUUUUGCAGUUCCUUCAGGGCACUGGAUGCAAUCUGGAGCCCUGCAACUCUCACAGCCGAGCCAGCCCAGAGGAGCCAGAGACUGAGGGCCGUCAGGAAUCAGCUGUUCAGCAGAACACGCCAGCUGACUUCCACAUCCCAGGGCAGAUCCUUGAGGAAACCUCAGAGUUCAUACAGCGGCAACAGCGGAACAAUGAGCUUCAUGUAUCAGAGAACUGCUGCAAAACUGUACCAGAGCUGUAG